CACCUCAGACACCAGCCUGGAGGAUGAGAUAAAUAGACAGGUCCUUACUGAGUCAAGGUGCUGAAGCAUCACAGGAAGGAUGGAGGUGAAGCAGGUGAGGAGGACGCGGGAGAACCGGGGCCAGUGGGCCAACAAGAGAGAGUUUGUGCUGGCUGUGCUCGGGCAGCUGAUCGGUCUGGCCAAUUUCUGGAGAUUUCCUUACCUCUGCUUCAAAAAUGGAGGAGGUGUGUUUCUGGUGCCGUACCUGGUGUUCCUGCUCACCUGUGGGGUCCCUCUCUUCUUUGCUGAGACCUCUCUGGGACAGUUCACUCAAGAAGGUGGCAUCACAUGCUGGACCAGCAUCUGUCUGCUGGCGAAAGGUCUGGGCUUCAGCAGCCAACUGAUCAUCUUCUACUCCUUGGUGGAUUACACCAUCAUCCUGGCCUGGACCUUCUUCUACCUCUUCUCCUCCUUCAGUGCAACACUUCCAUGGAGCAGGUGUAACAACACAUGGAACACAGAUCGCUGCUCUGACUACGGAGGAAACUUCACCUCGGAGAGCAACGCGACGUCUGCCAGCACAGAAUUCUGGCUGAGGCGAGUGCUGAGGCUGUCCGGAGGUAUAGAGGAGAUGGGGGAGGUCCACUGGGAGCUGGCUGGCUGUCUGCUGCUGAGCUGGAUCCUCUCCUACUUCUGCGUCUGGAAGGGAGUCAAGACCUCCGGCAAGGUCGUCUAUUUCACCGCGACGUUCCCGUAUUUAAUGCUGAUGGUGCUGCUGAUCCGAGGACUGACGCUCCCUGGAGCUGUGGAUGGACUCGUAUUUUAUCUGUACCCAGAGCCAGCGAGACUCACAGACAUACAGGUGUGGAUGGAUGCUGGCAACCAAGUCCUCACCUCCCUCUCUCUGUGUACUGGAUGUUUACAAGUGCUGGGAAGCUACAACAAGUUCAACAACAACUGCUACAGGGACGCCAUCUACCUUUGCCUGGUGAACGCCGUCACCAGUCUGGUCGCCGGGUUUGCAGUCUUCUCUGUGCUGGGUUUCAUGUCCAGGGAGCUCAACCAGGACAUUUCUGUCGUUGCUGACUCAGGUCCAGGUCUGGCCUUCAUCACCUACCCAAGUGCCAUUGCUCUGAUGCCUGUUCCUCAGCUCUGGGCGUCGUUGUUCUUCAUCAUGAUCCUCCUGCUCGGAGUGGACAGUCAGUUUCUGUCUUUGGAGGCCUGGGUCACGUCCAUAUCGGACAUGUUCACCUUCUUCUACACCGGACGCCGGCGUCAGUUCCUCCUGGUCUCCACGUGUGUUGUGUGUUAUCUGUUGGGCCUCUGCAUGGUCACUGAGGGAGGACUGUACGUGUUCCUGCUCUCUGACUAUUACGGCUCCAAUGGGGUUUCACGCAUGCUCUUCGCCAUUAUCGAGUCUGUUUGUAUUGGAUGGGUGUACGGUGCGGACCGCUACUACAAGAAUGUGGAGCAAAUGAUCGGCUACCGUCCCUCGCCGUACAUGAAGUACUGCUGGAAGUUUGUCACUCCGACUCUCUGUACUGUCAUACUCACGCUCUCGCUGAUCCGAUUCACUCCUCUCAAGUACAACAACGUGUACCAGUAUCCGUGGUGGGGUUAUGGUAUCGGUAUCUUUUUGUCAGUGUCCAUCAUCAACAUCAUCCCAGUCUGGGUGUUUUACGUCCUGAAGGUCUCCACAGGAAGCCUGAGACAGAGGCUGAAGGUUCUGCUCGCUCCUGCUGUCCAAGAUGGAGGAGCAUCCAGUGAGAGAGUGGAAACUCCUCAGUCACACUCACACAACUGUGUUCUGUAGGAUCCAUGAGGCUUAUCUGAUGCACUGUGGCAGUCAAAUAUGACUCUUUGUACUUGAGUCCUCAUAGAGUCCUUGUCCCUAAAGAAUCACGUCCUAGUCUGCAUGUAUUGUUUCACAGCAAUGUUUAUUUUAUGUCAUGUCUUCACACACUGUAGAAAAACCGCUUAUUGUUACCAAACUGAGGCCAGGUAUGAACCAUAAAGCCACAUUUGAUAACAGAGGUUCCUGUAUUAGGGCAGCUAGACAUGGGCCGCUGUGUGGAUGAACAGGAGGCGCUAGUUUUGGGCUUAGUUUUUUCUUUUUUUGUCUUAUUUGUUUAAGGUGCUUUAACUGAGCAUCUGUUAACAUGAAAAGAAAAAUAUAAAGCCAUUCGGGUUUUUUUCUGUUAAAAAAAUCUAUUUGUAUCUGUUUUUUGGUUUUUUUUUAGAAAUUAUUUUAUUCCUAUAGCUAUAGUUACAUUUCAACAACUAUUAUAAAUGUUACUGGGACAAUAAUAACUUGUGAAUUUAGUGAAAUGCUUUUAAUAAGUAACUAAACGAGAGCGACCACAAGAGGGCAGCAUAGCAUCUCUUAAACACUGUAUAUGUUCGGUUGUCCCAUGAAUUAUAGAAACAAUAUAGACAUGCAUGUACUGUACAUAGCAUUUCGGCCCCUCUGUCAUACACAGCAUCUAUAUGGAACGGGAAUUCAUGUUGUGUUUCACUCAUGGUUUUAUCAAAAGUAAAAUAAAAACUAAAACGAUUUACGGUAAAUUGUAAUAUAGAUAAAUAAAUAGCUAUUAUAA